AUGCUGACCGAGCUUCGCCUUCGGGCGACUGGGCGUGCCGAAACUCGCCAGGAAGUCCUCGAUGAGGCCGACGAGAUCAUGAGCUAUAUCCAAGCUCUCCUACAAUCGAACCCUAUCCUAUGCAGACGUGAUUCCAGGGUGCCAGUUUUCCAGCUAGUCAAGCAUAGACUGGUCGAGCUUAUAGGACAUAUGGCUAGCCUCCGGGCCGAGGAAAGACACGAUCGUGAAUUAGAACGGACACUGUGGAGCCAAGUUCAAUAA